AUGGGCAGUUUCUGCAAUGAAUGGAAGAAACAGGGCAAAAUGUAUUGCUUCUCCUUUGAGAAUGGGGAUGAACCUAUCCACAAUCUGUCCCUCAUGAAGUCUGGCAGUCUCAAACAGGACUCCAAGCUCCAGCAUCUAGGUAAUAUCAGAGACUGGUCUGGGACGGGGGAUGGGAUGGAAGAGGAGGAUCCAAGGAGGGUCACUCCUGCCAGCCUUUUGCUGCUGGAGAAUGCGGAGAAGAAGCUGAAAUACAUCGAAGAGAUCAAAGAACACCAUCACUGCAUCACGGACAACAUCCUUGUCUCUCCAGUGGCAACGUUCAAUGAUGAUUUGCUGGUGAAGAACCGAUCGAUGAAUGGCUCCUCUCGAGCACGGGAGCGAUAUCCCCCAUCUGUGUAUAGGCAACCUGAUACUGGCUAUAUUCAGGGCUUUCUGGGAUACAGUUAUAUCAAUAUCAACACAGCUAUUGUCUUCAUACCCCUCCUGCUUGUCCUUUCUUGGAAAGCAAGAGCUGGCAGCCCAAUGGCACAUAACUUGGAGAUCAAUACCGACUAG